AUGGGCUCUUUACCAACCCCCAUUGAACUCGAUGCGCUCAUCGUAGGGGCUGGCUUUGGUGGAGUCUACCAACUGAAAAGACUGCGUGAGGAAGGCUACAAGGUCAAGAUCGUCGACAGCGCUUCGAACUGGGGCGGUGUCUGGUACUGGAACCGAUACCCGGGCGCCCGCGUGGACAGCACGAUCCCUCACUACGAGUUCUCCGACCCUUUGCUCUGGAGGGACUGGCGCUGGAAGCAGCGGUUCCCCGGCAGCGCCGAACUUCGAGAUUACUUCGCCUUCGUUGCAAAGAGAUGGGAUCUAGACAGGGAUGCCAUAUUCAAUACCAUGGUGACCGCAGCCACCUGGAAUGAUGAGACCGCCAAAUGGCACGUCACCACUCAGACAGGCCAAAGCUUUGUUGCAAAGUACCUCCUGCUCAACACCGGGUUUUCGGCAAAGAGACAUAUCCCCGACUGGCCCGGCAUCGAGAAGUUCCGCGGGACCUUUGUUCACCCUUCCUACUGGCCCAAAGAAGAACCCGACCUGGCGGGCAAGAACAUCGCGGUGAUUGGAACUGGAUCGACCGGUGUCCAACUCGCUCAGGAGUUGAGCAAGGUGGCCAAGGACUUUGUGCUGUUCCAGCGGACUCCGAACCUGGCCCUGCCGAUGAAACAGGUCGAGUAUAGUGGCGACGAGCAGACUGUGCCGCACAAGGAGUACCCAGACCUCUUUGCGGAACGGUUGACUUCGUUCAGCGGGUUCACGUUCAACUUUCUGCCGCGGGCCACGUUUGACGACACGCCCGAACAGAGGAGGCAGACGUACGAGGAGCUCUGGGCCAAGGGGGACUUCCACUUCUGGCUGGCGACCUACUACGACAUGCUCUUCACCCAGGAGGCCAACAAGGAGGCGUACGAGUUCUGGAAGGCCAAGGUGCGGGCGCGCAUCCACGACCCGGCGCUGCAAGAGUCGCUCGCGCCCGAGAUCCAGCCGCACGCGUUCGGCUGCAAGCGCAUCUCGCUGGAGAACGGCUACUACGAGAUCUUCAACCGGCCCAACGUGACGCUGGUCGACAUGAAGCGCACGCCCAUCGCCGAGUUCACCGAGCGCGGCAUCCGCACCGGCGACGGCCGCGACUUCGAGCUCGACUACAUCGUCUGCGCGACGGGCUUCGACGCCCUCACCGGCGGCCUCAAGCAGAUCGACAUCGCCGGCGUCGGCGGCCAGAAGCUCGCCCACAAGUGGGACAAGGGCACAAAGACCUACCUGGGCCUCUGCGUCGCCGGCUUCCCCAACAUGUUCUUCACCUACGGGCCCCAGGCCCCGACCGCCUUCUGCAACGGCCCCACCUGCGCCGAGUUGCAGGGCGAGUGGAUCGUGCACAUGGUCAAGGACAUGGACGCCGCCGGCCUCAGGAAGAUCGUGGCCAACCCGGACGUCGAGGACCAGUGGGCGCAGGAUGUCUGGAAGCUCGCCAACGCGACGCUGCUGCCAACCACCAAGUCGUGGUACAUGGGAGACAAUAUUCCCGGCAAGCCAAGGGAACCGCUUAUCUACCUCGGCGGAGUGGGGACUUACUACAAGACCAUCAAUGAGUGUGCACAGGAAGGUUACAAGGGAUUUACACGCGUGUAACGUCCGUUGGAGAGACUGCAGGGCUAGCCAUAGUCUCGUGUGGAGGUAGAAGGUCUGCUUUGACAAUUU